GCGCUUCCUCAUCUCCAGCCGAUAAUGGGAUAAAUCCUCUUCGUCUCGUAGUAGUCUCCGCGAUCUCGAUUUCCUCACAUCUAAAUCCACUAAUCUCUCAAUCUCACUGCGUUUAGGGCUUCGAUUUGGACCCUGGUUCUCUUUGAUUUGGAUCUUGGGCUGAUGCAAUAUCGGUUCUGGAGCGAUUUUGUUGCAAUGCUUGUUCUUAGGGUUUCAAUUUGAUGCGAAGAAAGGGACGUAAUUGAUAGUUCUGUUGGGGUUUUGGUUUGUGCGUGAUUUCUUUGUAGUAAAAGUUGUUUCUUGAUCCGGUCUUGGGCAUCAUGGAUCAUGUGAUUGGGGGAAAAUUCAAGCUUGGGAAGAAGCUAGGCAGUGGAUCGUUUGGCGAGCUUUUUCUCGGUGUUAACAUACAGACUGGAGAGGAAGUGGCUGUCAAGCUAGAAUCUGUCAAGGCAAAGCACCCCCAGCUUCUCUAUGAGUCAAAAUUGUAUAUGCUCCUUCAGGGAGGAACUGGAAUUCCCCAUCUGAAGUGGUUUGGUGUGGAGGGAGAGCACAAUGUUAUGGUUAUUGAUCUUCUUGGCCCAAGCUUAGAAGAUUUGUUCAACUAUUGCAACAGAAAGUUCACAUUAAAAACUGUGCUCAUGCUAGCUGAUCAGUUAAUCAAUCGGGUUGAAUAUAUGCACUCUAGGGGCUUUCUUCAUCGUGAUAUCAAGCCAGACAACUUUCUCAUGGGCUUAGGCCGUAGAGCAAAUCAGGUCUAUAUCAUUGACUAUGGCCUUGGAAAGAAGUAUAGAGACCUUCAAACUCAUAAGCACAUACCUUACAGGGAGAACAAGAAUCUAACAGGAACAGCACGAUAUGCAAGUGUAAAUACUCAUCUAGGAGUUGAGCAAAGCAGGAGAGAUGAUUUGGAAUCCCUUGGUUAUGUGCUCAUGUAUUUUCUAAGAGGAAGUCUUCCCUGGCAGGGCCUAAAAGCAAACACUAAAAAGCAGAAGUAUGACAAAAUCAGUGAGAAGAAAAUGCUAACUCCAGUGGAGGUGCUGUGCAAAUCUUAUCCAUCGGAGUUCAUCUCCUACUUCCACUAUUGUCGAUCUUUGCGGUUUGAUGACAAACCAGAUUACUCAUAUUUGAAGAGAUUAUUCCGUGAUCUCUUUAUUCGAGAAGGCUGUCAGUUUGACUAUGUGUUUGACUGGACUGUGCUGAAGUUCCCUCAACCUAGUGCAAAUCCUAGAGUUCGGCAGCCCAGUGGAAGAACAAAUGGAGCUAUUGGACCAUCUACUGAAAGGGUAGAAAGGCCUACAGUGGGACAAGAUAUUCGUGAUAGAUUUUCUGGUGCUGUCGAAGUAUUUUCAAGGAGAAACGGAUCAAGUUCUGCUCACUACGCAGAUCAUUCAAGACGCAAAGCUGUAGAGAAUGGUCCUAUGCCUUCCAAAGAAACUGUUCUUGAAUCAGAAAAAAGCCGCCCAUCUUCACGAAAUGGCAGCUCAUCAAAGAGAGCAGUCAUCUCAAGUGGCCGACCCAGUUCUUCUGGUGAACUUAUCGACCAGCAAUAUGGUCGGGCAAACAGGUUUGCCUCAAGCAGCAGCAACAAUCGGAUAUCCAGUCUCCAGCGAAGCCAUCAGUCUGGUAUUGAAUCGAGGGCAUCGUCCCGCUCCAAAGCUGCUGUGGGGAGAAGCUCACGUGAUGAUCUCCUUCACCGAAGCUUUGAUCUCCUCUCCAUUGGUGCCGAGAAGAGGAAAUAACUCAAAAAAGAAUCUUCCCGGGAAAAUGCAGCAAUUCAUUUUCAACAAAUGAGAUCCUCUGCAUAUUUCUUCAAAAUUUCUUUGUCCAAAACUGCUUUCAAAACUCGGCGAUUCUUCGACAGCCGCUGGUGUGGUGAUGCCUACAAGGAAUUCAGUGUCAAGUCAUAUCUGAUCAUCACAAAGGCCUGCAUAAAAUUCAAAUACUUUUCUCUAGUUCUUCCUACUUCAUACAUGUUAAAGCUUCCUUGGGAGAGUAUUGUUCAUAAGAGACUUAAAUUGUAUCACAUUCUUUUUCUUUUUUUUCUUCUGCUCUGUGACGAGUUUGUAUCACAAUUCCUUACUGGUUACUGUGAUCAAGUGUAAUACAUUUGGACUUGCAACUUGAGGUCUUCCUAGACUAGUUGCUUGAAGCUUCAGCUUGGAACGUUUUCAAAUUGGUUUCUCAUA